GCACACAUAUGUGUGUUUUGAGUGCGUGUUCUCGGUGGGUGUAUGUGUGUGUGUGCCUCUGUGUGUGUUUGCGCCAGUACUAAAGGCAGUGAAGCAGCGCGAGCGAGCGAGUGAGCAAUACAAAAUAAAUUUUGCGCAAAAAAGGGCCAAGAAACUGAUCAAUAAAAUCGAGUUAAAAAUUAAAUGUGAGCUGAAACGCAUGUGUGCAAGUGAAGCAAUAAACAAAUUGUGUCCUUGCAUUCUAACAUCAACCAGGGCAGCUGACAAACAAAACGGCAUAAUAUGAGAAAAUGAGAAAAGAACGUAAGCAACGAUAACAGCAGAAAAUUUUUGUGUGCUGUUGUGCGCGCGUGCUGCCAACUGCGUGAAAAGUGUUUUGCCAUCGUUCUCGCCAGCCUGCCACCCAAAUAAAACACCCACAACAAGAAUUGCCGUUGCUCGUACAGAAUAUUUAGGAGCUUAAAUCGCGGUCAAAAGCAAUGUGCCAGCAGCAAUCAGCUACGUAGAAUCGUGAAACAAGCGACUCUGCUGCGCUCGGCUCUAGUGUGUGGCGUGCGUACAGUUGAAUUUUUCAACAAGUUGCCAGCACAGCGCGCAACGCGACACAAACACACAUACAAACGCGCACGCACACACACACACACUCACUCACUCGCACACACACUUACUAGCGCGCGCAGAGAGAGGAAGAGAAAUAGCAAGAGCAAAAACAAAAGCAACAGCGACAACAACAACGAGAGGAGCAGCAACGUUUUUAGUGAUGUCAUCAGAAAUCAUCGUCCAGCAACAACAUUCAACUUCAAACUGGCAAAAUUGAAACGGAAAAGACGCCAAACUGAAGCACUUAUCGGAGAGCGUAACGGUGCUGCUGAAUAUCGCUAAAAUGGACAGCAUCGUCGAGGAGAACGGCAACUCGGCCUCCAACGAUGUCAGCGUUGAUGUCGCCGCAGCGGCAGCAGCAGCAGCCGUCGCCGCAGCAGCCGCAGCGGCAGCAACAGGCGGCCAACAACAACAACAACAGCAGCAGCAGCAACAACAACAACAACAACAGCAGCAGCAGCAACAACAGCAAUCACAGAACCAGCAAAGUACAACGGCGACGGCCAACACAAACAAUGCCAGCGGUGCGGCAUCCGUGCUGACCACAACCAAUUGCAAUAUACAACAAUAUCCCCUACAGGCGCUAACACAACACGGCCUACAGGUACAAUCCGUGAUACAGGCGGCCAAUCACUCGGGUGUCAUACAAACUGCCGCGGGAACACAACAACAACAGCACCAGCAACAACAACAACAACAGCAGGCGCUGGCCGCCGCAUCAGCGAUGCACAAAGGAGGCGGAAAUGUGGUCUAUGUGACAAAGCCGGCAAAUACAACGGUCAUUCAUACGGCCACGGGCAAUGCAGUGCAAGUGCGUAACAAAAUCCCUCCAAGUUUUCAAUGUAAGAUCAAACCCGAACCGAAUACACAGCAUCCGGAGGAUAGCGAUGAGAGUUUAUCGGACGAUGAUUCGCAACAUCAUCGCAGUAAUCUGACACGAAGGCCAUCGUACAAUAAGAUAUUCACCGAAAUCAGUGGACCCGAUAUAAGCGCGGGCGCAGCACUGCAAAUGUCCGACGGCAUCGUUCUCAGCUCGCAGCCUGGUAGCGGGACGGGGGGCGGCGGCGGCGGCGGCGUCGGCGUCGGCGGCAACACAUCGAGCAGUCCACUGCUGCAUAUGACGCCAGAGUCGGCGUUCUAUUUAUCCAAUCGGAUACCAUACAAUACCAAUAACAGCGGCAUUGCGGAGGAUCAGACACGAAAGCGAGAGAUUCGGCUGCAAAAGAAUCGAGAGGCGGCGCGCGAAUGUCGGCGCAAAAAGAAGGAGUACAUCAAGUGCCUGGAGAAUCGUGUGGCGGUGCUAGAGAACCAAAACAAAGCGCUCAUCGAGGAGCUCAAGUCGCUGAAAGAGCUCUACUGUCAGACCAAGAACGAUUGAACGUGGCGCCGAUGCUGGGAUGGGCAGCGGCGCUUGGUUCUGGCAGCGGCAGCGACAGCGACAGCGACAACAGCAGCGAUGACGACGGCAACGGCAACGGCAACAGCAACGUCAGCGUCAGCGUCGGCAACAGCAACAUUGGCAUUGGCAGCGGCAGCAGCUUUAAGUCUACAAAGGCGGACUGGCAGCGACGACGAUGCUCAGGACGAUGACAAGUACAA